GCUGGGUGUGCGCCGCCAAGUGCGCCGAAGGAGCGGCGUCUUCUUUGCCUCUGCUCGCGCUUGUUUGGCCCAACCCCGGGAGUCCCGGGUGAAGCAAGCAGAAACUUUUAACAUGGAGCAGAGUUCUGAGCAAAGGAGAGAUGUCUCUUCCACCAGUUAUUUUCAAAGUUCUUCAGAACCUUCACAGCCAAAGAGAGAACAGGCCCCUCAGACAAACACUGAACAAAUAAAGGCGCCCGAUCAACUAACAACCAUCUUAAGUGAUGUGCAAACUGCUUGUGCCCAAACUUUGCGUCUAAACAAUCUUACUGUCUCUUGCACUGAUAAAAGGUUAAGUUCUUCUGAAAAACAAGGAGAAAAAGUUAUGUCUGAUGAUAUGAAUCCUUUUCAUGACACUGCAGACCUGGAUAGAGAAAAGGAUAUUGCAUUCCUCUUAAAAGAAUUGGACAUUUUAAGAGCAAACAAUAAAAAGCUUUGGGAUCAGCUGUCUGAAAAGGACAAGGAGCUGAAGACAAUAAAGCUGGACUUAGAACUGCGUGAGAGGGUGACAGAAGCCAAGAUUGCAGAAAAGGCUGCAGCUCUAGUAGAAGAAAUUCAUUCUGCCCAACGGGAACGUGAUGAGGCCAUCCUGGCCAGACUGCAGCUGGCCACUGAAGAGAGAGAUGAUGCAUGUAAACGACUGAAACUAUUGGAACAAUCUUUUGAAACGCUAGAAAAUAUUAACCCUGAAGAAAAUGACAUGACAUUACAGGAAUUACUGAACAGAAUAAACAAUGCAGACACCGGGACAGCGAUCUGGAGAAGUGGAGCUAUAAUUGUCGAUCGAAUAUACAGGACCCAGGAACGAAGAAAGAAAAUAACAGCAGAAGAAAUGAACGCUGUGAUAGAAGAGCGAGAUGCUGCGUUGGCUCAAUGCAAACGGAUGGAGCAGGAGCUUCAUCAUAUGAAAGAGCAGAACCAGACUUCUGCAAACAACACGAGACAUCUGACUGCUGAAAACAAUCAAGAACGUGCUCUGAAGGAAAAAUUGCUGGCUAUGCAACAAGAGAGAGAGGCUGUUAUUCAGCAAUAUGAAAAGCUUGAAGAAGAGCUCCAAACUCUUCGAAUCUAUUACAGCUUACACCAAUCUUUGUCUCAAGAAGUGAAUCUUAAAGACCAGUUCAACUCUACCCUUACCACCUAUGAAAAAGCUCUGAAGAACAGAGGAGAUGUUGUGUCCAUGCUGCUGCUUCAAAAUGAGGAGCUCACGACCCGGCUUCAGCAAACGGUAGAAGAGAGAGCAAACAUGGAAUCAGAGUUUCAAAAAGCAUUAGGGGCUUCGCAAGAGGCCAACGAGAGACUUCAAAAGUUGCAAAGGCUGGUGGAUGUCCUGAGGAAGAAGAUUGGAGCAGGGACCAUUAGGACGGUGAUCUGAUAGAAAACCCCAGUCUGGGGAAGCAUUCACAUCUGGUGACCAGGCUGCUUCAUUCAGCACUGUGUAAACAUGAAAGCCUUAACUUAGCAAACAGUUGUUAGAAGUGGGACACUCCAACGACAUUCCAGGCUGAGAUAAAAUCAAAUCAUAAAUGUUUAACCACUUG